CUAGCAAAGGUUUUUUUCUUUAACGAGUUUCAGUUACUGCUAUUGAAAACAUUUUUCCUUAUUCUGCUGUUUACUUUGUUAUUGAUUUUCGUGUCCUGGCGAGUAUAUGGUAACCGGAUAUCAGAACGGUUUAUGAAACCCGCAACUUCAGCCACAAUAGCACAAUUAAAAGAGAGUGUCUCAAAACUGAAACUACCAAAAGAGCACACACCAAGAAUCUAAAAUGGCAGACAAGAUCAAAAAAUUUUUUCAAAAGAAAAAGGCUGAUGCUAAAUUUAAGUUAGCUGGUCCAGGCCACAGGUUAAGUGAAUCUUCUAUAAGUAAUCAAUCAGUUGUUAAGAAGGAAGCUUUUGUGGUGAAAAGAAGUGGUUUGUCUGAAGAAAGUAAAAUAGCUGCUGAUGCUGCCUUAGCUAGAUUGCAACAAAAACGAGAUAAUCCAGCAUUUAACACUUCAUUAGCAGCUAUUAAGGCUCAGGUAAAACGGGAAUUAGAAAAUGAAGAAAGCCAUUCAAAAUCUGUGCAACCAGCAGUCCCAAAAGAGAGACAAGAAAUUGAGACUGAAUUACCAGGAAACUUUGCUGCAUCUGGAGUUUUCUUUAAGUGUCCCAUAAUAAGUAAUGACAUUCUACCAAGAGAUGAAUGGAAACAAAAUAUUAAAAAAUUCCUCUAUGAGCAAUUGGAGGAAGAAAGAGGCCUCACAGCCUGUCUUAUUAUUCAAUCUUGUAAUAACAAUAGAGAAAAGAUAGAUACCUGUGUGGAGACAUUAUGCAAAUAUUUGGAAAACAUUAUCACAUACCCUGAAGAGGAGAAGUAUCAGAAAAUUAGAAUGUCUAACCGGGCUUUUUGUGAUCGAGUCCAACCAAUAGAGGGCGCCUUAGAUUUAUUGUUAGCCGCUGGCUUCGUUGAGCAGAAAAUGGAUAAUAAUGGUGUACAGGAAGAUUAUCUUGUAUUCCAAAAAGAUAAUGUGCCUUCUAUUGAGAGUUUGACGACAUUAAUAGACGCACUCCGUUCAGCUGAGCCGAUUCAGUUAGAAUUGGAUCGAAAUUUGCAAGUGCUUCUACCCUCACAAGCGGCCAAUAAAGUGCAACUACCCCCAUCGUUCUAUGCACUCUCUAUGGAGGAAAUUAAGAGGGAGCAAAAGUUGAGAGCUGAAGCGAUCGAAAAAUCGCAAAUGCUUCGCACUAAAGCUAUGCGGGAAAAGGACGAACUUAGGGAAAUGAGGAAAUACAAGUUUGCCAUAAUUCGGAUACGGUUCCCUGAUGGCAUAUUGUUACAGGGAACAUUUUCAGUGUAUGAAAGAUAUAUGGAGAUUCACGAAUUCGUUCAAGAAAAUCUCGAACAUAGUGGUUUACCGUUUAUCCUAAAUACACCAACCGGUCAAAAGUUACUCAUUGAAGAAGAUGCGAAUAAGACCCUUAUUGACUUGAAGCUAGUGCCGGCGACCGUUCUUAAUUUCGCCUGGCACUCUAAUGUCAUCAAAGAGAUUAAUAAUAGCCCAAAUAAAGAUGUUUAUUUGAAGCCAGAGGUUAUGGUUUUGGUGCGUGAAAUGUAACUAUCAGGUUACUUGACUUGAAACUGUAAUGCAAAUUAAAAAAAAAUACGCUUAAAUUUGACGGCGCUUAACGUAUACAUAGUGACGUCACUUCUCUGUUAUCUGUGGUACUCACGAUUACACAAACAGUUAUCGUGAUGUAACAUAUAUUUUUGUUUUAAGCGCUCGUUUGGUAACUAAAUAUGAGCAUCGUAUCAUUCGUAUAUAUUAGUGCUGUCAAAAACUGUAAUUUUUUUGGUCCAUCUGGUUGGUGAGCGGCCAUGAGAUCUUUUGCAUUCUGUUUUAUAAACCAUGAUCAGUUCCUUUAGUUGUCGUAUUUACGUAUACGAACACGUGAAGUUCGUAAAGUACCUUCUAUAUACCUCUAAUAUUCAUCGUAAAGUGAAAUAAUAAAUGAAAACUUAAAUUAACAUUGUAUAAUAAUUUGUGUCAGACAGACAGUCUAUUUUGAAUGUUGAUGCAUUUACUUUUAUUGCAUUCCUACACUUGAAUUUUUUUCACUUUAAAUUUGCCAUUAGAUCAACGCGAUCGUUUAACGCGUCUAACGCCAUUUCAUAAGAGUGCUGCGCGUGAGUUUAUUUCCAUACAUUUCGAUUUACAUUGCUUUUUUUGUCUAGUCUAGAAAUGAUUUCCACUUUAUGAGAGUAGUUUUUUACUGACUUUCAUUUGAAAUGAGUUCCUGAAAAAAUUCACUUUGUUGUUGGAGUAUUUACUUUUACUGAGUAACGCUUUUUUUGUUUUUAGCUUCAAAUAAAAUUGUUAUUUCAAACCAGAAUUGGUGACAUGAAAUCGAAUUUUCAUGAGGGUACUUCGAAAAAUUUAUAUAUAUACUUAAUUUUAGUUUGGCGAUGAGGAUAAAAUUCGUUUAACAGUCUUGUGUUUGUAUCAUAAUGGACAUGUUUGUCUUAUUAUGAUUUACAGCUGUAUAUAUUUUUUAAUCAGGAUUGUUAAGCACUAUUUAUGGUUGUGUUAUUUUAUUCUUCUUCAGAUUUUCAAAUAAGUUUUUCUUGUUAAUUUUCAUUGUUUUUUUUAAUAAACAUAACUAGACAUGUGACAGUUAUUUUGGUACCACGAUUUAUAAGAAACCAUUUUCAAAUGUAAUGUAUACUGUAAAACCAAUAACUAUCGUAAUUAAAAUUUUGUUAGCAGUGCUGCUUUCGAUAACAUUUACUAGAUGGCGUCUAAUUGGGUUUGGAUGAUAUUCAGUUGAAUAAAUUGUCAUAAUAAAUAUAAUGAUCGAUUUGAUCCCCUAAAAUAAUACUAUAUCCACUAAAGUAACAAUGAAUUAAUGCACCAUAAUAUUUCACGUGCUUAUUAUUGUUAACUUUUAAAUUGUUGAUCAAGAUGUUCAUACUUGUGGUAAAUAAAAUAAAUAUAAUCAACGUUU